ACCUGUUUGACCACUUCUAAUUGAAUUGCAUCUUUGUGUUUCUCUUUCGAAGACUAAACAUGCACAAGAUUAAUCCACUAAACAUGGAGGAAGAAGAUGAAGCUGAUGUUGGAAGUAAUAAGACUAGAAACAGUGCAAGCCCAAGCAACAGCAUAGUUGAAGGAGACGAAAAGAAGGAAAUUAGUUCAAGUGGGGUGCGACCCUAUGUGAGAUCAAGGAUGCCUAGGCUGCGAUGGAUCCCUGAACUUCAUUUUCUCUUUGUUCGAGCCGUGGACAGACUGGGUGGUAAAGAGAGAGCAACUCCAAAAUUGGUCUUGCAACUAAUGAAUAUCAAGGGUCUUAGUAUUGCUCAUGUCAAGAGUCAUUUGCAGAUGUACCGGAGCAAGAAGCUUGAUGAUAAGGGUCAAGUUGUAAACAACAGGCAUCUUUUGGGAAGCGUAAACUACCGUUCUCAAAAUCUUUGGUAUCAGUCCAUGCUUCAUGAUCAAAGAGUGAUUAGUGAUAUUUCAUGGAGUGCAUUUACUGGAAACCGUAUGUCCGAGCCUUACUCGACUACUGGUCGCAUAAACAGUAUAAAUGAAGCUGCUUUACUCGGUUCUGACAUGUGUAAAGAACUUGGUUCAAGGAAUGGGGUUUUCUACAUGAACAACAACUCCAUCUUCAAUCAGCAACCUGUUAGGGGAACGGAAGAUUCUCACGCUGAUAAAUUACCGUUGCAUGAUAUCAUCGGUGAUUGUGAAAGCGCCCGAACAGAACUGCAGCCGAUGUUCAUGCAUCCCUCUUUUGCAAAUAAAAGGCUGGGAAGAGGAGCAGAAAGUCAAAUUAGAACAGCCAAAAGAAUAGUUGUUGAUGACGAGGACCUUGAUUUAAGCCUGUCACUGAGCACAAAGCUGAGGCAAAAAGUUUGGAGAUCAAAUACCUCUAAUGAGGAAGAAGGUGCCAACAGCAAUUUGUCACUUCCUUUAUCUUCUCCUUCAAACACUGAAACAUAUUCUUUGAAUGUAAACAUGGUCUCAAAGAGCAGCACCUUGAAGGAAGAUGAUUCUACAACGUAUCGUAAACUGGUGAGAACCCUGGAUCUGACUAUAUGAACUUGAGAGAAGAUCUAGUCAGAUCUUGUUGGUACUUGUACAAGAAAAAAAAUCAUCUUCAUAGAUUGUUGUGUUGCCAUUUUCCAUGCUAAU